CUUCCUCGAGUGGUGGGCAUCACCAUGAAUCGCAUGCUCUCCUUCGGGGAUGCCUCUCGCCUCCUCUUCGUGCGAACGCUAAUCCAGCCCACGUUUCAGCACUGCCAGCACCCCAGCCCUUCCCUGUGGACCAAGCUCCGCUCCUCCCACUUCCUGCAACCCCACCGUCUGCCCCUCCUCAAUCCUGAUUGGUCCGAGCGCCUUCCCUCCACCUCCCGCAAGACCCUCUCUCCCCCUGCCGCCCUCCCCCCCUGGGAGGCAAGUGGGGUGAAAGAGGUGAUAGUUCUGGAGCCACCAGCAACAGUCCAGGUGAAGGGAUUUGCAGACAUUGUAGCAGGGCUGAGGGGGAAGUUUGGCGCCGAGCAAGUGAGGCUACUGGGGAGGUUUCAAAGAGAUGACGCCAAAGAGUUGUUUCCCCGGGCGGCGCUGCUCGUCAGCGUCACGAGCCCGUUUCUCGUCAACCUUGCGUUCCUGCCGCCCCGCGCCGCCCUGCUGGAGCUCCGCCCGCCGCCCGCUGAGGUGGACGCGGUGAUUGCUGACUCAGUCGCCAGGCUGGCAACGGCUUGCCAGAUCCAUCACCGCGUGAUUCGAGGAAGCUUCGUGGAAGGAGCAGCAGCUGAUGGUGCGGGGAAAGGUAAAGGGGGCGAGGAGGGUACGGGGAAGGGUGCGGUGGAGUGGAGGAGCGGGGCUUUAGAGGCAGCAGCGAUGUUUCUGGCUUGA